AUAUAAGUUUUAAAAAAUUGUAACACAAAACUUAUUAUGUUAUAUUCAUUGUGUAAUUUUAUCGAUUUAACAACUUAAUUGUCUUUACCUUGGAAUAUCUCAAAUUUGUACAAUACCUUGGUUGAUUUAAUUGGCAUUAAGUCUAGAAUGCAAUGCACCCUCGUCGUCGUAACGUAGGUGUUCCCGAACGGACACCCUUGUUAGAAGAAGAUUUAAAUUCGUACAACAAACUCGAUAAAAAAGGAAAGUCGCAUUUGCCUUAUGCAUUAGAAAAUACACGAAACAGUAUUGUACCAAGACUAAGAACUGAAGAAGUUGAUACUGUAUUUGACUUUCUCGAAGAUAUUGUAUUCGAACCAGUCAUGGCAGCGCGUGAUAGAACAAACGAAUUUGUGUCAACAGUCCGCAGUCUUCAAAGCCGAACUCAAGCAAAGCCAGUUGUAAGAGAUAAGCGAAAAGCUGAAGUUCUUGAAACUUAUUCACAGUUUAUGAGUAUGGCAAAAGUUAUCAGUAAAAACAUUACCAGUACAUAUGCUAAAUUAGAAAAACUAGCAAUGUUGGCUAAGAAGAAAUCAUUGUUUGAUGAUAGACCAGUGGAGAUACAUGAGUUAACAUACAUCAUAAAGGGUGAUUUAAACUCAUUAAACCAACAAAUUGCCAGAUUAGGGGAAAUGCCUAAAGGCCGUCGCAGUAUGCAUAGUCAUUCCUCCAGUGUGGUUUUAGCUCUGCAAUCAAGAUUGGCAUCAAUGAGCAAUCAGUUUAAACAGGUUCUAGAAGUAAGGUCUGAAAAUUUAAAGCAUCAAAAUAAUAGAAGAGAGCAGUUUUCUAGAGUAGCACCUGUGGUCAAAGAAAUACCAUCUAUAUUGCAGCCAGAUGAAGUGAGCAUAGAUUUUGGUGAAGAUUCCAAUUUUCAAACUCAGCAGUUGGCUUUAAGAGAUGACACAGAUUCAUAUGUUCAACAAAGAGCAGAGACAAUGCAUAAUAUAGAGAGCACUAUAGUGGAGUUAGGAGGUAUAUUUCAACAACUGGCGCACAUGGUUAAAGAACAAGAUGAAGCAAUAGGGAGAAUUGAUGCAAACAUUCAAGAAGCAGAAAUGAAUGUUGAAGCUGGCCACAGAGAAAUAUUGAAAUAUUUUCAAAACAUUACAAACAAUAGAGCUUUAAUGUUCAAAGUUUUUGGUGUAUUAAUAUUUUUCUUUAUAUUCUUUGUUAUAUUUAUGGCUUAAUGAUGUUUUGACAUGUAAAAUUUUUCUAAUACUAUUAUC